GGGUGACAAUAUACAAGAUGAUCACAGUUUCAGUGUGGUCUGACCAAAGUGGACGUGUAAUCUAGCAACAUGUACAAAAUUUUCUUUUUGUUCGCUAUCGCCAGUGUGGUGGCUCUCCCACAUGAUGAUGUUAAAAACGUGGAUAAAGUUCGAGUGAUUAAAAAGGACUGUGCCAGUGGGAUUUUGAGUCCUGCGUGCCUCAAAGUUGGUGCCAUCACUUUAUUGGAGAAACUCAACGGGAAAGACGAAGUUUCUAUACUUCCUGGUGUUAGUCUUGUGAAGGAUGCUGGAAAAUCUAAUAUGGAGUCAGUUGCUGCUGAUUUCGCGAGAUCCUUCUCAAGUGAUUCUGAUGAGAAGUUGGACAAAUCUCUUUUGUACCACGUUGGGAGCUUCUUGGACAGUCACUCGGUCAAGUUGAGGCUGUUGGAUGACUCUGCUGUGGAGGAAGCCAAGUCAGCGAUGGAAGAAGGACGUGCGAAGAAUGGAUUGGGCAUGGGAGGCAAGAAGGGAGGCAUGGGCGGACUGAUCGCUAUGGCCAUGAUGAUGAAGGGUAUGUAUAUGUGACUUUUACAAAAGUUUUGUUCUUUUUAGC